AAAAAACCACUGGGCCAAUCUAACAAACACAAUAUGGGUUUUAAUGUGCCAAUUGUGAACCGGGAUAGCGAGUGGUGUAAGCAAUGGUUGAACGAAAAGGUCAAGGAACCGAAGAUACAAAAAAAGCUGAUUCUUAUCGUUGUCUCGGUAGCCUUACUGCUGGACAACAUGCUUUACAUGGUUAUUGUCCCAAUUAUUCCGACAUAUUUACGAGGCGUUCACACUUAUGAACGUCAUGUUACUGGUGGUCACAAUGAAACGUAUGUUCUCAAUGGCACCAAGAUAUACCGACUUAGGGGUUUCAAUAUUGAAUACGAAAACGAAGACGUUCAACUUGGAUGGCUAUUCGCCUCAAAAGCACUGCUGCAAAUUUUUAUAAAUCCUUUUUCCGGGUAUGUGAUUGACCGAAUUGGUUAUGAAAUUCCAAUGAUCAUUGGUCUCUGUGUUAUGUUCACAUCAACAGCAGUAUUUGCACUCGGUCGAAGCUACGGCGUACUGUUUUUUGCCCGGUCACUUCAGGGAUUGGGUUCUGCUUUUGCUGAUACUUCCGGUUUGGCAAUGAUCGCCGACAGAUUCUCGGAGGAGAACGAACGCUCUGCAGCAUUAGGAAUAGCUCUAGCUUUCAUAUCAUUUGGUUGCCUUGUUGCGCCACCGUUUGGUUCAGUUCUAUACUAUCUAUUCGGAAAGCCAAUACCGUUCAUGAUUUUGGCAUUAAUAUGCCUGUUUGACGGUUUGAUGGUCUUCAUGGUAGUUCAACCAAAAGAAGCCAAACAAGCUGAUUCGUCUGGUGAGAAACUUCAUGGAACACCGAUGUGGCAACUUUUUAUGGAUCCAUUUAUUGCAAUCUGUUCCGGCGCGUUAAUAAUGGCAAACAUAAGCUUGGCGUUUUUGGAACCAACAAUUACAACCUGGAUGGUAGAAAAAAUGCCAGACACACCUCAGUGGAUGCUUGGGUUAAUUUGGUUCCCACCUUUUUUUCCGCACGUACUUGGGGUAUAUGUGACCGUCAAAUUGAUGAGACGUUUUCCUCAAAAGGAGUGGUUAUUUGCUGUCAUUGGUUUGGCUAUGGAAGGUAUCAGUUGUUUUGUUGUUCCGUUCACGACAGCAAUUGGCCAACUGAUCAUACCGUUGUCAACAAUUUGCUUCGGCAUUGCACUGAUUGAUACAUCAUUACUUCCGACGCUUGGUUACUUGGUGGAUACUAGGCAUGUUAGCAUCUAUGGCAGCGUUUAUGCGAUUGCAGAUAUUUCAUAUAGUUUGGCAUAUGCAUUUGGCCCAAUUGUAGCUGGCAGUGUUGUGGCACUGUUUGGAUUUUUGACUUUAAAUGUUAUUAUCUGCGUACUUAAUGUCGCAUAUUUGCCGGUGCUAGCUAAGCUACGUAAAAUUUACGCGUAUCAACCAUUUGAAUCUGACAGUACCAAAGUGGAUGGGCUAGGUAAUGGCAAAUAUGAGCAGAUUAGUGGACAAGAUGUUAACACCAAAACUGUACCAAUAUCAUCUGGACCAGAAGGAUAUCAGACAUAUGGAACAAAUGAUGAAGUGAUGCAUAAUAAUUAUUCGAGUCAGAAUCCAUUCGCUCAGUCAAAUUUUGGUGAUACCAAACCUGCAUAUGAUCCGCUGAAUCCUGAUUGGUCGUAA